AUGUUUUUCCGCCUCGCUGUUCUUCUCCUCCCAUGGAGCGUCUCUGCGUUCCCUGGCACCCUGCUCUCCCGCGACGCCGAAAUCAACACUUCAUACGACUAUGUCAUCGUCGGCGGCGGCACUUCGGGCUUGGUCUCCAUCCUCGUAAUCGAAGCCGGGCCCAUCUUCAAUGGCGAAGAGGAAUUCAACACGAUCCUCAUCCCCGGCAACUCGACCUUGGACAUCCUUGGGAAUGCGAAUCCCCAGCUCCGGUGGGGUAUUACGGGCCAGCCCAAUGCGAUGCUCAACAACCGCACGACGGAGGUCAUCAUGCCAAAGCUUGUGGGUGGUGGAUCGGCAGUGAAUGGCAUGGUGCUGGAUCGCGGGAGUCGCAGGGACUAUGAUGAGUGGGCUGAGUACACUGGCGAUAAAGGGUGGGGCUGGGAGUCGAUGCUCAAGUAUUUCAAGAAGGUGGAGUCGUUUACCCCUCCGUCGAAGGAGCUGCAGGAGCAGUAUGGACUUGAAUACGAUCCGGAAGCGCAUGGCUACUCCGGACAUGUCAACUCGUCGUAUCCGCCAUAUGUGUAUGGGUACUUUGAGCACUUCAUUGCCGCCGAGAAAGCACUGGGAGUACCGGUACCACGCGACCAAGCCAAUGGCAACGCAGUCGGCUCCUACUGGACCCCCAAUACUCUCGAUCCAGUAGCCCGGACCCGCUCGUACUCGAAGACUGCGUACUAUGAUCCUGCAAAGUCACGGCCAAAUCUCCACCUACUCUACGGUGACCCGGAUCCUGAUCAACGGCGGAAAGGCAGCCGGAAUUCCUCGGCGGCGUUGCAGCAGGUGAAGGCGAAAAAAGAAGUCAUCCUCGCCGCGGGAGGUGUUCACUCGCCACGGCUUCUGCAGUUGAGUGGCAUCGGUGAUGGGCGCCUGCUAAAGAAGUUUGGGAUCCCCGUCGUCGUGGAUCUUCCGGGCGUAGGCAAUAACUACCAGGACCAUAUGGGCGCCUCCUUGAUCUACAAUAUGACUCUCACCCCGGACCCAACCCAGUUCGCCAGCAACUUGACGUACCGCGCCGAGAUGGCAGAGCUGUACUUUCACAACCGCACCGGACCCUUCACCCUGGCCUCCGGCGGCCACCUGACGUUCUAUCCGUUCCCGAUAAUCGCGCCGACCAGCUAUCUCUCGCAUCUCCAUAAUGCGUCGCUAGAGGACCCCGCCGCGCAUCUGCGGGUCGACAUCCACCCCCACCUCGUCGCCGGCUUCCGCGAGCAGAGGAAGCUGCUGCUCGCCUCCUUCGCAACCAACGAGACCGCCGUGAACGAGAACGUGAUCGCGCUCACCUCGGUGCAGAAGCCGCUCUCCCGAGGGUUCGUCGAGAUAGUCUCGUCCAGCCCGUGGGACAAGCCCACCGUUGAUUGGCGCUCGCUCUCGAACCCGCUCGACAUGGCGGUGAUCACUGAAGGCUCCCGGUUCAUCCGGCGAGUGUUGGCGCGGCCGGAGCUAGCGGGCAUCGUCGACCCAAAUGAGGUCAUCCCCGGCGCAGGCGUUCAGACUGACGAGGAGUUUGCCGCUUGGGUCGCCGUCGAUGCUAGGCCGACGUUCUGGCACUCGUCGUGUAGUUGUGCCAUGGUGAAACGUGAGUGGGGCGGUGUUGUGGACUCAAAGUUGAAGAUCUACGGUGUCCGCGGAUUGAGGAUCGUCGAUGCGAGUGUGAUGCCCAUGAUUCCGGCUAAGCACUUGCAGAACACUGUGUAUGCAGUUGCCGAAAGGGCUGCGAACCUCAUCAAGCGCGAGUAA